UAGAAUAGAAAAUCCCAACUUCACGUAGAGAGUUGCAGCUUUAGUCACCCAAUUUGAGUUUGGUACAGUCUUCCCCCUUUGAUUCAUUUUCCAUGUUCCCAGUUUCUCUAUUUGCAUUUUCGGUUAUCAGUGGAUGCUGAUUGAAAAGUGGUCGGUGGGCUUCCCUAAUUGUGAUCCUUCUCCUCUGUGGUGGACUGGAGCCGCACGCUAGCUAUUGAAAGCUUGGUCUGCCAGUGACCCAAUCUCAAACUAACAACUAAUCUUCCAGCGUUGCUCAUCACUGAAACCCAUCCCCUGAUUUCGUCAGAAUUUCAUUAGUGGAAUUUGCUGCCAUUACAAUUUACUUCCUCACACCACUGUUGAACUUAGUCCGCUGUUCCUUCUCCAUGUCCGUGCAUUUAUGUUUGUUUUUGCUCUGUUUGUUCUCGACUAACCCUGAUUUAGUGUUUUAAUAAUUUGUGCAGUCGGGUUUGCUCAACGAAGAACGAACAGAUCUGGUCAAGCUAAGGUUCUUUCCAUGGCAUUCGCUUUUUGGCAGUCUAAUAUCCCGGUGUUUGUCUCUGUUAUUCUCUCUUUCCAAGGUUUUUAUCUGGCUUUUACUGUGACUUCGUUAAGUACAGCUUUUACUGAUGCUUGAAAUGUUUUUCAAAUUUCAGUCUUGGUUUGUUGUAACAGAGUGAUUUAUAAUUCAAUAACUCAACUACUCAAGUAGCGACUGAGGGGUAGUAGAUAUAGAAGAAAAGUUUUCACAACAAAACUUUAGAAAAUGCUUUACCUUAAACUACAUGCUCCUCCAGCAGGUUUUGAAACAUUAUUGUCGCUUUAUAAAAUUUUCGCGUAUGCUCGUUGGGUGUUAUGAGUCAUUGAAUUAGUUAGUUUGGUUUAAGUUGCUUUGCUUACUAUAUUAUUACUAUACUUCGAGUAGUAACAUGGGAAGCAACAACAAUUUUGUGUUUAUUAAGUUGGAUUUUACCUAUAGUAUGAUCUUUUGGCAUGAACCUGAAAAUGAUUUGUAGUUGUAUACUUUGGAGAUGAAAUUGAGAUUGCUUCAAAUUAUUGUGUAGUCAUGAAUCACCCAGCAUCUUUACCCUACCACCUUUAAGUCAAACCAACAGCACUGCCAUUAAUUAAUUAUGCGGCAACAAAAACCACUAAAAUCCAAGUAAGCCCCCCUGCUUUCUCCUUUUUGUCUUCUUCUUUUUGCUUAUAUUAGGUUUCUGUGCUCUUGAUACAUUGUUAUACUGCUGCUGACUCUUUGCCUAAUGCUAUAUGUCCUCUUAAAAAAAUUAAGCAAAGACCUAUAUUCCAAUUUUCCAAUCCAAUUCAUAAUUAAUAGUUGCCUAGAAAAUCUCGAUUAUGUACAUUAAUGAGGGUAGAAAUCUAGGCACAACAAAAGACAUUUCUACUAAUUGGUAACAGAAUGCUUCUCUGUUCACACCUCAUGUUGUUUAAAACUUUCAUCAAUUUCUUAUCAAAUUUAAUGCUUCGCUUUAUGAGUUUAAGUUAGUGUCGAAGCCUCAAAUUUACCUAGGCCGAACUACUGUAAUAUGGCAGGAAAACAGUUUCAAUCAUGGCCUUGACAUACUAGAGUAAAAUUUAAGUUUUAGUUUCAGUCUGAGUCUGAGUCUUGGUUAAGUUAUCUAAGCUUUUAGCUCCUCAGAUUUGAUGUCUUCUUUUGUAUAAAUUGUUUAAACUGCUCCAUUAUAUAGGAAUACUUCUGAAACUAACCCAAUUAAGCAUACUAGAAAUCCAUAUUGGUGUUGCAGCUGAUAUCAGUGUUGCCUUUAAUUCACUUAUGGCGGAUGAAGGCGGGCUGACCUUAAUCUGUCUAUGCCUUUUAAUCUUGAUCAUUUUAGUUACUUUGUUAGCAAAUAUGGUUUCCUAACUCAAUUAUGUGUUUCAAUAUUUAAUUGUGGCAGCGGGUAAUGACUUGCAAGUGUUGUUAUGUCAAUGAAAGAUAAAUAUUGUAACAGUGGAAGAGGAAACUCAGGUAGUGUCAUUAGCUAGGCUAGAUUGUAUCACAUACAACAACAUUCGAUGAUUGGGAUUCAAAAUUGUUCUUGCUCUAUUGUUAUCUUUAGUCGAUUUGAUGCUUACAGCCUCUGUUUGUCUUCCUUGAGAUCGGGCCCUACCAAAAUGCAAUGAGAGCCAUUGAAUGAGGGUGAAUUAGACUUUUCUAACGAGAUCGGUCUCCCUUUAGUCACUUACUUUGGUGUGUUGAAUGCAAGUCAUGUUUAGAAAGUCCAAGGUAUCAAAGAGCUAAAAUUCAUUGUUAAUUUCUUCGUGAUGAUGCCAAUGGAGCUGCCUGCGUUGGAGCAUAACUCCUAGCGAGUUGAGACAAAUUCAAGUAUUUGUUUUUUUUUUUUUUCAUUUUGUUAUAGUCUCUGUAUCGUUGUCAUGGAUGGCUGCCUGCUGUUGGCAUUGACACUAUGCAGGAGGCUCUUUUACAAAAACUAAGAGCAAUGGAUAUAAGAUAGAGAGAAAUUUUACAAUGCUAUAUAGUAUUGAUGCUAUAAGAUUUUGCUUUUAUGGUACAACUUAAAAUUGUACAUUUACGUUAUGGGACAACUUCAGAUUGUACCUAUACUUUUUGUACAAAUUCUUUUAUGGUACAAUUUGAACUUGUACCUUUAUGUGAUGGUACAACUUCAAGUUGUAAAGUUGUACCAUAACAUAAUGGUACAAAUUGCUUUAUGGUACAACCUAAACUUAUACAUUUAAUGUUAUGGUACAACUUUAAGUUGUAUAUUAAAGCACCAAAACUAUAUAGCAUAGUAGAAGUGCUCAUAAGAUAGAGGCUCUUUUCCUAUUAGUUCUAAUAGGGAUUUGUUUUCUUUUUAGUUGCAGAUAUGGUAUCCUGUGUCGAAGAAGCUAGUGGAGAAACCUGUGCUGGAGUUUGCAGAGAAGCACGGGCAGGAUUUGAUGGCGAUCCAUCUGGCGGCGUGCUUGGGGCCAUUGUUGUAGCCAGGAUUAAAUGCUUGCACAGCUAUGUUGAAACAACUAGUGUAAGGGGGGUAAAAAAACUCAUGAGUAUCACUGGUUGGGAGUUAUUCAUGUUAAGGAUGUGGCCGAGCCACAAGGUUUGCUCUAUGAAGCUCUUGCUGCUUCUGAUUGAUACCUCUCCACCAAGGCAUCUACCAAUUUCGAGACUUUGCUAAAAGGGUUUCCAAACUCUUCACUGAAUUCCAUGUUUAGAGAGGAUGCUACUGAAAACUUUGAUCCUAUUGAUUAAUAAAUAAAUACAGUUUUCCUUAAAAAAAAAUAAAAUAAAAGCAUAUGGUAAGAAUCAUAAUCAUGACCAAUGUAGUCAAAAUUUCGAUUUUAAUCUUAAAAUCUUACGAUUUUACGAUCUUACCUAUGAGUUCCGAUCCUGAUUUUACUGUAAAAUCUUUGAACCUUAAAAUCCCAUAAAAUCCCGAUUUAAAA